GUAACAAAGAACAUCGGUUUUCUUUCCCUCUACAAUAAAAAAAUACGCCGUUUUGGCCGUUUAAUUAUUAUUGAAUUGUAUUUUUAGUCGGUUGUCGUCAAGACGCGGUCAAAUCUAAGGCACAACUAAUAUUUGUGCAGUUGAACUGUGAAAUUAAAAAUUAUUGUAGAGGGCCAAAAAAGCAACAAAAUUAUUAUUAACGUGUGAUUACAUAAAAAAAUAAUACGAGACAAACAAAAAGUAAUUUGCGCAUCAUUUUUAUGUAAAAAUACACACGUUUUUUCUAAAAAGUUAUAUUCAAAUGGAAACUGCGUGCGACCUAUUUUGACAUCAUUUAACAGUCAAAUCUACGCACUGUGAAGAAAAAAAAACGAAAAAUGUGAGAAGUGAUAAACUGAAAAAAUAAAAUGAAAAUAGUUUAUUGACUCGUUUUUCUCAAAAUCAUUGAUAAACAUACAAAAAAAAGCAAUAAAAGUGAAAAUUUGGUGAAAUAUUUUUUUUUGCGGAUAUUCUUAUCAUCAAAUAUACACGACAACUUGAUAAAUAUUAAUAAAAAAUUUCAUGGUUCAACAACCUGUUGCGUGACACAUAUUUUAUACAAAAAGCCAUAAAAAACACAAAAAAAAUAUCGAUUAAAGUUCAUUAAAAUUAUAUUAUGAGGAAAUGUCAGCGCUAAAAUUCAUCGAUAGCAGUGAACAAUUUCUCACGAAUGCGAUAAUUGGCGAUGACAGUGACGAUUUGAUGCACUCGACGACAUCCCAUGUCGCUGCAUACGACGAUGGCAGCGAUUAUGAGCAUGCUGAAAACAGCUGUGAUGAUAACAAUGAUAACAGCUUAAAUGUAACAGGAGAACAGAAUCUUUCACACAUGCAUGAUAACGGCAAUGACGACGAUGUCGCUACAUAUUACGGCAAUGACGUUCCGGAACAGAAUCAACAAAAAGCUCUCAUUUCGAGCGGUAAUGAGAUGCGACAACGAAAAAAUUUGUUAUUUAACUUGAUAAACUCAAUCAUGAAGUAUUUGGGUAGUAGGCAGCAUGACAAUGACUGCGGAGACGACAGCAAAAUGAAGACUGUCGAUCGUCGCGGUAGUGAUAAGUUAAUAAUAAUGGAUGAAUAUGAUAGAUUUAACAACAGCUGUGAUAAUAGAAAUAAUAAAGUAAGUACCACAAUGGAUGAUAACAAAGGGGAAAUUGAGUUUAUGUUUGAUCGGAGCGAAGAAUGCCAGACGGAGGUGGCUAUUGUACCAAAGACAGACGCUUAUGCAGUUACUUUAAUUUCGGUGAAUAGUCGCAUGCGAGUCGCUCUCGGCGUUCUCAUCCGCUUACUCUUACCAGUAGCUAAUAAGGUCUCCAAUGGCUGGAAUGACUUGCGAGGCAGUGGCAUGCUCCGUUUACUCAACAAAAUUCGCGAGACAAAGGGACUCAUGACGACAUUAUUGGCCUUCGCCGCGAACACACUGUCCAUGAGCUUAUCUUCCGUGCAAGUUACCAAUCGCUUCGACCCAAUCUUGCGUAAAAUCAAGCUAAAAAAGGAUCAAAAUGCUCUAACGCCUUGCCCGUCGUUCUCCAGUGAGCUAUCGCGCAUUAGUAUUUCCUCGAGCAGCAGUUCCGACUCACUCAACUCGCUUUCCUCACCAAUUACUACAAUUCCAAAGACGCUCUCGGCGUACCUGCGCGACGAACCAACGGAAAAAUGUGUCAGUUGUGUCGUCAUGGCUGAGCCCCCAGCUGGCGAAACCAUCACUGCGGAUAUUGUUUUCAUCCAUGGAUUACACGGAAGUCUCGUAAAUACGUGGAAACAGGGUUUGUGGAAGAGCGAAGGACGUCUCGAAGGAUUUGAUCGCCCGCCAAAGCCGCCAAUUAGACCGCCGAAGCGACAAAGACAUUCGCGUAGCACGUUAGUGGUUCCCUCAAUUAAACGGGCUCGGUAUUCGGAUGCAUUUGAUAUUCAGGAUGAUGAUGGGGAAAAUGAUACGUUCGAGCUGAAACACAAAACGCAAACAGUGAAGUACGAUAAUAAGCAAUACACGUACGAGUGUGGCGAUAUCAAAGACGUUCAGUACAUGGAUGAUGUUGAAUAUAGUUUCCCGACGUUCCGAUUGAGACUUGAUGACUUGAAUUUGAAUGAGACAGUGAAGCAAGGAUUGCGACGAACAUCGGAAGCUCCAAAUCCCAAAAAUAAUUUAAAUUACUCGAAAUGCUGGCCCGGCGAUUGGCUUCCAAUGGAUUGUCCCGGAGUGCGAGUUCUUUCCGUAAAUUACACGACAGACCCCUAUCUUUGGCGUCCCGCGUGGGUGCGAAAACGCAGUCGUUCAAAUUUGGUCGAUAGAGCUCGUGAAAUGACAGAUUUGUUGAUCGAGAAGGGUGUCGGCAAAAAUCGUCCCAUAAUUUGGGUAGGACACUCCAAAGGAGGUCUUUUCAUCAAACAAAUUCUCGUUGAUGCAUGGGAACGAGGUCGUCCUGAGGCAAAAGACCUUUUUACAUCAUCACGCGGAUGCUUCUUUUAUUCCGUGCCGCAUCGCGGAUCAAGUUUGGCUGACUUUAAUUUGCCGCUUCUUCGACAAUCGGUUGAAUUGAGGGAAAUUCAAAAAGAUUGCUCGUCACUUUUGGAUCUCCAUCACAGAUUUGUAGCCUUGUACCGUGCUGGUCACCUCAAAGUCGAUGUUUUUAGUUUCGUUGAAACGGCAUUAACGUUAAUGUCGGUCCUGUACUUAAGAAUUGUCACUAUCGACUCGGCAGAUCCGGGCAUCGGGGAAGUGUGUGGCGUUCAUUUGGAUCAUCGGGAAAUCUGUAAACCACGAGGACGUGAUUGUUUGUUGUACACUGAGCUAGUUAAGAUGAUAAAUAAUGUAAAAUUUUAAAGCAAGAUUUGACAUAGCAACGAAAGAUUAUUAACUCUAAGGCGGUUAAAUUUAAUUAUUUUAAUUUUUGUCAUUUUUUCAUCGAUUUUGUUAAAAAAUUAAAAAAAAGUAUUUUUUGAUUGAAAUCAUGAAA